AUUUAGUUUCGGUUGUUUUCGGUGCUAUUCUGCUUAGUUUAGUUAAACACUUGUCUGGGUUUCGCAGAUAAGUUAGAGAUCUCGCAUAGUGAAAUUGUAACAGAACCAAGUUCAAAAUGGAAGAGGAGUACGACGACGAGGCUUGGGUUGGACGGAACAGUCAGCUGGAGGAAGAAGCUGAUGGACCGGAAGAACCUCUGGAUAACCCACAAGAGGUGCUGGACGAGUGUGUCUCGAAGUUUGCCACCUCCGACUACAUCAUGGAACCCGGCAUUUUCACACAGCUGAAACGCUACUUUCAAGCGGGCGGCACGCCGGAACUAGUGAUUAACCAGUUGUCUGCUAACUACACAGCUGUCGCGCAGAUGGCUAAUUUGCUGGCGGAAUGGCUCAUUUUGGCCGGUGUGCGGGUGACGGACGUGCAAGCUAUGGUCGAAAACCAUCUUAAAGACAUGAUCCUGAAGACGUUCGAUCCGAAGAAAGCAGACAAGAUUUUCACGGAGGAAGGAGAAACGCCGGGCUGGUUGACGGAGAUGAUCGAGCAUCAUACGUGGCGAUCGCUCAUCUACCGGCUUGCCGAGGAGUAUCCGGAUUGUUUGAUGCUCAAUUUCACCAUAAAGCUCAUCUCUGAUGCCGGGUUCCAGAGCGAGAUUACUUCCAUUUCCACCGCCGCUCAGCAGAUUGAAGUCUUUUCACGAGUGCUGAAAACGGCUAUCGCUAAGUUUCUAAGUCAUCAAGAAGAUUGGCAAAGCGCAAUAGAAGAGUGCGCCAAAAUGGUGUGCCACGGGCAGCACACAUACGUGUACAGCCAAGUGUUGAUUCAAGUUUUGUCACAGGAAUCGAAAGGAGGAUUUAUCAUGAAGCGACUUUCGCAAGAGAUCACAAAGUAUGCUCUCAAAAAUAACCAUAACGUCACGCCCAUUACUAUGGCGCUGAACGGAUCCUCACGCCAUCCGCAAGCGUGCGAAGCCCUGACGUCCAUGCUGUCGCGUAAUACAUUAAAUCCGGCCGAUAUUACCGUGCUGUUCCGGAACUACUCUUCACCCGAGCCGCCCCCAAUCGACCUUAUACGGAACCCGCAGUUUUUAGACCUGCUCGUCGAUUCGCUGUUCAAAGUGGGGGUGAAAAUCAACCAGGAGCACAAAUCUAAGUACAUUUACCUGCUGGGGUACGCGGCGAGCGUGGUCGAGACGCCGACUAAGAAGGGACAGUCGAAGGGCGGCCAUCGUACCACGAACAAGGACGAGCUGAAGCCCACGAUUCACGCGAUCGAGAAGGUGCACGCCAUUUGCAACGUGAGCCGCGGCUCGUCCGAGCUGCUCGGGGACAUAUCGACACUGUACAACUGCAUCCGCUUCCCGGUGGUGGGCGUCGGAGUGAUCCGCUGGGUAGAGAACACCGUUACCGAGCCGUCGUACUUCAAACUGUGCACCGAAAGCUGUCCGCUGCACUUGGCCUUGCUCGAUGAGGUGGCGGUCGUGCACGCCUCCCUACACGACCAGAUACUGCGCUUGCUGAUCCGCCUGUUCGAAUCCAAGCAGGACGAGCUGGAGAUCCUGGUACAGCUCGAGAUGAGAAAGAUGCUUCUGGAUCGGAUGGUGAAUCUGUUGGCGCGCGGCUGUGUCGUCCCGGUGGUGAAGUACAUCAGCCAGUGCUGCAGCCGCGGCGACACAGACAUCUCGCUCAUCCGCUACUUCGUCACGGAGGUGUUGGAGAUGGUUACACAUCCAUACUCGUCGGAGUUUGUGCAGCUGUUUCUUCCGAUGGUGGAAAAUGAGGAAAUUACCGGUUCGAUGCGUGGCGAAGGUGAUAACGAUCCUGUGUCGGAGUUCAUAGUGCACUGCAAGGCGCACUAUAUGACGCUAUAAGGUGUUUUAGCAAAGAGUGCAGACCAGGGAAGUACUUUUGCAGUGUUGGAAAAUAAUGAUUUACUAGUCUCGUA